AUGUCGGUAGAUUUUGCCCCCUACAAGCUGCGUGCCGAGCUCAGAGGUCACGAUGAAGACGUGCGAGCUCUCUGCGUUUGUCAGCUAGGCCUGAUCACUGCUUCUCGUGAUGAGACCAUCAAGGUGUGGAAGGAGGUUGGAGACAUCUUCGAAGUGGAGUCAACAUUGGUGGGCCACGAAGGAUACGUCACAGCAGUGACUUAUCUUCCCCCAGGCUUGCUGCCAGGGUUCCAAAACGGUGCCAUAGUCUCAGUGCAAUGCGUGCUGUAUCUGCCUUCUGGUGAGAUUGUCUCAGGCUCCAAUGACAACAGCAUCCGGGUUUGGAGCGGCGGAGAGUGCAUCCACGUACUGAGUGGCCACACAGACACUGUCAGGGGCCUGACGAUGCUGCCAGGCCUGGGAGUGGUGUCAGCUUCGCAUGACCAGACGCUGCGGGUGUGGACGCUCAAUGGCGAGUGUGUCAGCAUCCUGCAGGGCCAUGCUGCCAUCAUCUACAGUGCUGCGGCGUCAUCAGACGCCCUCAUUGCAUCUGCGUCAGAGGACAACACUGCGCGGCUGUGGCGGCCUGAUGGCACAGCCUUGCAGGGCAUGGAGCAUCCUGGGUGUGUCUGGGAUGUUGCCUUCCUGCCAAAUGGGGAUCUGGUCACCGCCUGUGCUGACUAUGCUGCCCGCAUCUGGACAGCGGCGCCUGAUCGGGCUGCUCCAGCUGACUCCAUCGAGGCGUACGAUGCCGGCAUUGCCGCGAGGAAGGCGGCUGCGGCGGAGGCGGUCAGCGGUAGCGGGAGGGAAGGCACAGGGUUACCCGAUGGGCUCAAGCUGGAGGACGAGUCGGCGCUGCUGGCCCCUGGCAAGAAGGCCGGGGAGAUGAAGGUGGUGCGCGAAGGCGGCGGCGGCAUGGUGUACACAUGGGAUGCUGAGAAGGGUGCAUGGGACAAGGUGGGCAGUGUUGUUGGGGGCCCAGAGGACACAGAUGACACAAUGGGGGUGCCCAGCAAGUGGCACAACGGACGUCAGUAUGACUUCGUGGUGGAUGUGGACUUUGAAGACGGUGUUCCGCCCAAGAAGCUGGCAUUCAACCGCGAUGACAAUCCCUAUGAUGUGGCCGAGAGGUUCCUGGUCAAUGAGGGCCUGCCAAUCACGUACAGGCAGCAGGUGGUAGAUUAUGUCCUCAACUUGAUGGGGCAGGGCUCAGCGCUGCCCCCCGUCCAAUCAACAAAUGUUGACCCCUUCACCAGCACCGGUGCCUAUGUCCCAGGCGCUUCCAAUUUCCCAGCCCCCGGGGGCUCCUUGUCCUCUGGAGACCCUUUCACAAGCAGCGGCGGCUAUGUGCCAGGUGCCCAGCCCACGGCGUCAAGCGGCGUUGCCUCCUCUGGGGCCAACAGUGUCACCGGCGGCGGAGCAGACCCAUUCACCGGCGCAAACCAGCGCCGGCCGGUGCUUGCGCACAUACCAGCGCGCGUCUUCUACAUCUUUGACAGCGCCCCGAAGCUGGACGCCAUCGGCGGCAAGGUCCGCGAAUUCAGCAGCGGCCUCAGCGCCUCGCCGGACACCGCCAGCCUGUCUCUCACCGAGUCUGAGGUGGCUCCUGGGGGCGCACUGGACAUGCUGCUGGCAAAGGCUGUGGAAGCUGCCAAGAAUCCGAGCAGCGCGGCUGGCACGCCGAGUGCCGAGGAGGCGCAGGUGCUUGGGAAGUUGCUGCGCUGGCCUGCUGUGUGCCUCUUCCCUGCCCUGGACAUCUGUCGCCUGUUUGCGCUCAACGGCCCUGCAUCUCAGGACCUUGCCUCCUCCGCUGGCACCCUCACCCCCUCUUCCUCAGGCGGCAUAGGUGCCGCGCUUGCAGCGGCUUCAGUAGAGCCACAGCUGCCCAGCAAUUUGCUGACGGGCCUGCGCCUGGCCUGCAACAUGUUCCGGCAGACCAGCCUGCGCAGCUGGAUCCAGGCGAACUAUGGAGCGAUGCUGGACGCAUUUGCGACUGUGGGAUCCUCGACCAACAAGAAUGUGCGCAGCGCCUGGGCGAGCUUCCUGGUCAACGCAUCACUGCUGCUGACCACAGAGAACCAGGCUGAGAGUGACGGCGUCCUCAUCGCCACAUCCGCAGUUGGGGAGCUGCUUGACAAGAGCCCCAAGGACGACAGCGAAACGAUGGCCCUGGUGGCAGCUGGCACGCUCAUACAGCGCAAUGAGGAUGCAAAGGGCCUGGCGAGAGACCUGGGGGUGCCCGGAUUUGCAAAGCAGCUUAGCAUAUCAGGAGACAGCAGGGUGGCCAAGGCAGCAGAAGAUGUCCUCAGCUUGCUCUAG